AAAACAUGGCAUGGGAAAGAGCGAAAAGAAGUGUGAAAGGGAAAAGUGGAUGGAGGGAGCGGCACUUUUUAAUUCAAAAUAAGAGGCAAUAAUUAGAGCAAGAAGCAAGCGCGGUUUUCAUCAUCAAAUUUUGAAGGAUGGAAAAUGAAGGCUCCAAUAGGUGUUCUUGCUCUGCACGCACUCUGGUGUCAAUAUUGGCUUCAAUUGUUCUGCUAUUCCAACCAGAUUACUGCAUUGCUAAGCAACAGCCACCAUAUCCUCCUUCAUCACGCGGCCAAAUUCGCAACAUAUCUUACCCAUUUCGCCUCAAAGGUGACCCAAGCCAAUGCGGCGACCCAAGGUAUGAGUUAGAUUGCGUUAAUAACGUCACACUCUUAACCUUGUUCUCGGCGAAAUACCAUGUACGAGACAUCGACUACAAGCAAUACAAAGUCGUUGUCAGUGACCCGGGUCAGGAGGAAGAAGCUAAUUGCUCCUUCAUCCCUCGCAAUUUCUUAACGGACAGUAAUUUCAGGCCCACGGGCCUGGUUAGCCCAGAUGAUUUCGGAUCGGAGCCGUUCACUUGGGAUACCUGGUAUACUCUCCGAAUAGGGUACUUCAACUGCGUGAAUCCACGGUAUGUUAAGGUGGAGAGAGGUGAAUGUGGGAGAGUUGGGCACGUGUACGCGGCAUUGGAACCGUCUUUGUAUGAGGUUGGUGUGAAGGACAUCAAGGAUCUGAUGUUGGCUACAGUAGUUGACUGGUCACCGAAAGAGAAUGUUAGCUACGACGAGAUCCGUGGCGUGAUAAGUGAGGGAAUUCGGUUGUCGUGGUUGCCGGUGAUUUGCGAGGAUCGAUGUGGAAGGGGAACGGAGUGUAAGGUUAUCAACGGAGAAGUCCAGUGUGAGAAGCGUUACUGCCAUUACGCCUACCACACCACCGAUAAAUGCGAACCUUGGCACCAUAUUUUUGGCUAUAUUCGAGGUAAGUAAUUAUUUUCGUCUUUAGGGGGCUUUAUAGAUAUAGUAUAUCUCUUCUUCAGUUUUGCUCAUGUAUAAACGAAUUUUUUUUUCUGUUGUUUGUUUGAUUCUUUUAUAAUGCUUGAAUAUGCCUAAAUAUUCAAGCUCUUCUUUGUAAUCAGUAACAAGAUUGGA